AUGCUGGUGCACCUCAGCUCUGAGACCUCGCAGAGGCAUAAUAGUUGCUUCCCCUCUCCAGACAAAUGCAUCACCAGCGAGCUGCUGAAGGACCUCCCCCUGAAAGACCUUCCCCUGAGCGGGGGGCUGAAGGACACUCCCUCGAGCGGGGGUCUGAAGGACACCCCCCUGAGCGGGGACCUGAGCGCAGACGUUGAGCUGCUGAAAGCAGGUCCCCUCCCAUCCCCAAAAGAGCUCAUCAACGGGAACAUCAAAACCAUCACCGAGUACCGGGAGGAGGAGGAUGGGCGCAAGGUGAAGAUCAUCCGCACCUUCCGAAUUGAGACCAGGAAGGCCUCCAAGGCUGUGGCACGGCGGAAGAACUGGAAGAAAUUCGGCAACUCUGAGUUUGAUGCUCCGGGCCCCAAUGUGGCCACGACCACGGUGAGCGAUGACGUCUUCAUGACCUUCAUCACCAGCAAGGAGGACCUGAACUGCCAGGAGGAGGAGGACCCCAUGAACAAGCUGAAGGGGCAGAAGAUCGUGUCGUGCCGGAUCUGCAAGGGCGACCACUGGACGACGCGCUGCCCCUACAAGGACACGCUGGGCCCCAUGCAGAAGGAACUGGCUGAGCAGCUGGGCCUGUCCACGGGCGAGAAGGAGAAGCUUCCAGGAGAACCGGAGCCGGUGCAGGCCCAGCAGAGCAAGACGGGGAAGUACGUCCCGCCCAGCCUGCGUGACGGAGCCAGCCGCCGCGGGGAGUCCAUGCAGCCCAACCGCCGGGCCGAUGACAACGCCACCAUCCGGGUCACCAACCUGUCGGAGGACACGCGGGAGACCGACCUGCAGGAGCUGUUCCGCCCCUUCGGCUCCAUCUCCAGGAUCUACCUGGCCAAGGACAAGACCACGGGGCAGUCCAAGGGCUUCGCCUUCAUCAGCUUCCACCGGCGCGAGGAUGCCGCCCGCGCCAUCGCCGGUGUCUCCGGCUUUGGCUAUGACCACCUCAUCCUCAACGUGGAAUGGGCCAAACCCUCCACCAACUGAGGCCGGCACCUUGCCUGCUGCUGCACCAGGAACGGCUGACGCUGUUGGGAGACUUGGUUGUUAAUAAAGGUUCAUCCCAGC